GUUUCUUUAUUUUAACUGUGUGGGUUUUCUGUUCUUAAUCACCACAGGGUCCUUGAACACUGAAGAAAGGGCUGCUUCCGUGCUUGCUAAAGCUUUUCCUGUAGCUCUUGCAUGGUCUCCCAUUUGUGGUUUAUGAGCAAAGUGCUUUCUAGUGUGUGAUCCUGAACUUCUUGCUGGCACUGGAGUUGCUGAUAGACUGAAAGCCCUGCUGUUGUUAUGGGUAACCAUGAGUGAAUCGUCAGCUUCAUUUUAAUUUUGGGGACAAAAAGGCAGACAAUGUUACUAGCUCAGAUAAACCGAGACUCUCAGGGAAUGACUGAAUUUUCUGGAGGAGGAAUGGAGGCCCAGCAUGUGACUCUGUGUCUGACAGAAGCUGUAGCCGUGCAAGAUGGUGACAACUUAGAAAACAUGGAAGGUGUAAGUUUGCAAGCAGUUACCCUGGCUGAUGGCUCCACUGCAUACAUACAGCACAAUUCUAAAGAUGGUAAAUUAAUGGAUGGCCAAGUGAUUCAAUUAGAAGAUGGUUCUGCAGCCUAUGUUCAACAUGUACCCAUGACUAAAAGUAGGGACAGCUUGCGUUUGGAAGAUGGACAAGCAGUUCAGCUGGAGGAUGGAACUACAGCAUUCAUUCAUCACACCUCCAAAGACAGUUAUGAUCAGAGUGCGUUACAAGCAGUGCAGCUGGAGGAUGGCACUACUGCCUACAUUCACCAUGCAGUGCAGAUGCCACAGUCAGAUACCAUUUUAGCCAUUCAAGCUGAUGGCACAGUGGCUGGUCUUCACACGGGAGAUGCUGCCAUUGACCCAGAUACCAUCACUGCUUUGGAGCAGUACGCAGCUAAGGUGUCUAUUGAUGGAAAUGACAGUGUUAGUAGCACGGGAAUGAUAGGCGAAAAUGAACAAGAAAAAAAAAUGCAGAUUGUCUUGCAGGGACAUGGAACAAGAGUGGCUGCAAAGUCUCAGCAGAGUGGAGAGAAAGCAUUUCGCUGUGAUUAUGAUGGCUGUGGAAAGCUGUACACAACAGCUCACCAUCUUAAGGUACACGAAAGGUCACACACAGGAGACAGACCAUAUCAGUGUGAACAUCCUGGAUGUGGUAAAGCUUUUGCAACAGGGUAUGGAUUAAAAAGUCAUAUCCGAACACACACUGGUGAAAAGCCGUAUCGGUGCACAGAAGAAAACUGCACCAAGUCAUUCAAGACUUCAGGAGACCUACAGAAACACAUCCGAACCCACACAGGCGAAAGGCCCUUUAAGUGUCCUUUUGAAGGCUGUGGCAGGUCGUUCACAACAUCUAAUAUUAGAAAGGUUCACAUCAGGACACAUACAGGUGAAAGACCUUAUUACUGCACAGAGCCAGGAUGUGGGAGAGCUUUUGCCAGUGCAACCAAUUAUAAGAAUCAUGUGAGAAUACACACAGGGGAGAAGCCCUAUGUCUGUACAGUUCCUGGUUGUGAUAAACGUUUUACAGAGUAUUCCAGUUUAUACAAACAUCAUGUUGUACAUACUCAUUCCAAACCAUACAAUUGUAAUCACUGUGGAAAGACAUACAAGCAGAUUUCUACACUUGCUAUGCACAAGCGGACAGCACAUAAUGACACAGAGCCCAUUGAAGAGGAACAAGAGGCUUUUUUUGAGCCACCUCCAGGUCAAGGGGAAGAUGUCCUGAAAGGCUCGCAAAUAGCCUAUGUGACAGGUGUAGAGGGAGAGGACGUCAUUUCUGCACAAGUUGCUACAGUUACUCAGUCAGGGUUAGGUCAACAAGUAGCGCUAAUUUCCCAGGAUGGAACCCAACACGUCAACAUAUCUCAGGCAGAUAUGCAGGCCAUUGGAAAUACAAUCACUAUGGUAACACAAGAUGGCACCACUAUCACAGUCCCUGCCCACGACGCCGUCAUCUCUUCUGCAGGAACACAUUCUGUAGCAAUGGUUACUGCAGAAGGCACCGAAGGACAGCAGGUUGCCAUCGUGGCUCAAGACUUAGCAGCAUUUCAUAGCACCUCAUCAGAAAUUGGACAUCAACAACACGGGCACCAUUUAGUGACCACAGAAGCUCGGCCCGUUACAUUGUUGGCUACAUCCAACGGAACACAAAUUGCAGUACAGCUUGGAGAACAACAGUCUCUGGAAGAAGCCAUUAGAAUAGCCUCCAGAAUACAACAGGGUGAAACACCAGGAAUUGAUGAUUAACUUCUAAAACUGCUACCAGAACAAUAGAGUGAAAGGUAUUUUAUUUUCAAACAACAAAAGUCCAUGCCAGCAGCAAUCCACAAAAACUUUGAAGUUCCCCUCUCAUCGAUACUGUGUACACAUUUUAUGCAAGAGCAAAGAACGUUUUCUAAGCGUUGUGUACAUAACCCUGGGAAUGGACUGACAUCAUCUACUUCCAACUGUUGUAUAUUCAGGAAUAUGGAAUUAGGAUUAUCUAGUAAAUUUCCUUGUUAUCCUUUCAUCAGAUUUCAGACUGGUCUACAAGCAAGUUAAAAACAAAACAGAAGUAUUGGAGUUAAUUUUUAGUGUCAUGUACAAUAACAAAGGCAUUACUGAAUAUUUGAAGUGUUGUAAAGACUAUAACAAAAUCACAAUUUCAAGAGCCCUUGCAAGUUAUAAAGAAGACAGAGCCUGUUCAGUUGUUUUCCAUAAAUGGAAAAGACGUUGAUUUUGAGCCUCCUGUAAACCUUCAUACUUUGAUUCGUUUCAUACAGAUUUGAAUACUCUUUAGAUUACCCACCCCAUCUCAUUCAUUGUAAAUACAGAUUGUUAAUGCUGGAAGUGCUAAUUGUAUUAUCUUUAAAUUGGAUUGUGUACAAAGGAGAAACUUUGGUUGUUCAAUAUUAAAAGAAGUAAAUCUAAUGAUUUCGUUUCUUUACAUAUUUUACUUAAGAUGUUACUCUGGAAUUAUUAUGCAAUAAAAGAUAACAAGACUGUAUUAUCUAGAUAGGAUGAUAUUGUUCUGUGACAUACUGUUUUACUUUUGGUGGGACAAGUGAAAAUAUUUAUUUAUGGCCUUGUAUAAUUUCUUUUCCAAAGUUUAUUUAUCAUAAAUCUCAAUUUUUAACUUACUCAUUUUGACCGCGGUCCACUGAAGUAUAAGAAGUAAUCAGUGCUAAGAGUUAUUUUCAGCAUGCUGAAGCACUACAGAAAUUGUUUAAAAGCAUAAUCAGUCAACUGAUUUUGAUUAAAAGUAAACUAGGAGUUUUCAAGAGGAAUGUGUUCAAACGGUGCAUUUGGGGCAUAAACACAUGUAUUAACAGUCUGUUUCAGCAGUUCUGAGUGCCUGCACUACUGUUUGUUACCUACCAUGUGCUGAUAAGCAGUGAUUUUGAAAAUCAGGACACAAGUUAGUAGGGAAAAAAAGGAUUAAUUAAAGAUUAUGUAAGUACAGUGCUCCUCUCCACCUACCAUUCUAUAAAGGAAAAAAAUUCAUUGUAGAUAAAUCUAACACGGACUGUAAGAUGUAACUUACAACUUUUUAUACAGAAAAAUGCCUUUAAUUGUCUUGUUAGUAAGCUUGUUGAGCAAGUUAAACUUCCUUGGCUUCCUGUAAGAUUCAGUGCUUGCUUUAGAUGAAUGUCGAGAACACUUCUGAAACUGAAGCCCCACCUUUAUCCUUCUCAAGGAAAAGAUUAAACAUCUUGGGGGUAAAAAGUCAAUCGAGUAAUCAUUUUGUAUGUCUUGUGGGGUUUGUUUUGCAUUUAAAAAAAAAAAGUUAAUAACUAUGUGCUUGGAGGUAUUUGACAUCAAAAAGGCCACGCUGAAUAUAAUGUGAUUGACUACAUCGAUACGGGUUGCAGCUUUUUAUGCUUUUCAUACAGAUGGCCAACUGCAAAAUGCUGUGAGAGAACACAGUGCUGUGGGAUAAAGGUGGUCAAAACAGACCUUUAACAGAACUGUUACAAAACAAAACUUGAAAACGUUCAGGUUGUCUGCAACCUUCCUGUAGGAUUGAGGCUGUUUACUUACUUAGGUGCCAGAUUUCCUGAAAUUUUAAGUAAUUUUGAUGUCCCAUGGAGAUAAACUGUACUAUGCAAAGAGGUUAAUUACAUGUCAACUAGAUCAGUUUCUUAGUUUUUACGACCUUUUAGAAAUUAAAGAUGUAUCAUUUGA